GGGUGGCCGGCCGUCAUCCGCUUUGACCGACCCGACCCGACUCAGGCGAGGCUCCCACCUCCCGUCGCCGGAAUCCACCCCUCCCCGCCGGAUGCCUCCUCCCCACCCUUCCUGGUCGCGCUCCGUCACCGAGACCGUGCGGGGCUCCCACCAGUACACCGUCAAGGGUUUCUCCCUCGCCAAGGGCACGGGCCCCGGUCGCUACGUCGCCAGCGACGUCUUCGCCGUCGGCGGCUACCACUGGGCCGUCUACCUCUACCCCGACGGUAAGAACCCCGAGGACAACGCCAACUACGUCUCCGUCUUCGUCGCACUCGCCUCCGACGGCGCCGACGUACGCGCGCUCUUCGAGCUCACCCUCCUCGACCAGUCGGGACGCGGACGCCACAAGGUCCACUCCCACUUCGACCGAUCCCUGCAGGCCGGCCCAUACACACUCAAGUACAGGGGUUCCAUGUGGGGUUACAAGCGCUUCUACAGAAGAUCACUCCUGGAAACGUCUGAUUUUCUAAAGAAUGAUUGUCUAGUAAUGAACUGCACUGUAGGUGUUGUCAAGAAUCGUAUUGAAACGCCAAAGAACAUCCAGAUUCAUGUUCCACCAUCUGACAUGGGCCAUUGCUUCAAGGAGCUCCUCAGAGUCGGCAUCGGCUGCGACAUAACUUUUGAAGUGGGUGAUGAGAAAGUCCGUGCUCAUAAGUGGAUUCUUGCUGCUCGCUCCCCGGUAUUCAAAGCCCAAUUCUUUGGCCCUAUCGGAAAUCCCGACAUACACAGAGUUGUUGUGGAGGAUGUGGAGCCUGUCAUCUUCAAGGCAAUGGUGAACUUCAUAUACGCUGAUGAACUCCACAUUCAUGAACUAGCUGGAUCUGUCUCGUUGUGGACAUCAACAGUAGUGGUACAGCAUUUAUUGGCAGCGGCUGAUAGAUAUGGAUUGGACCGGCUAUGUCUCCUAUGUGAGGCAAAGUUAUGUGAUGAACUGACUGCUGAAACAGUUGCAACAACCUUAGCCCUAGCUGAACAGCACCAUUGUGCUGAGCUGAAGUCUGCGUGUCUAAAGUUCGCUGCUGUUCGAGAAAAUUUGGGAGCUGUUAUGGAGACGGAAGGUUUUGAUUACUUGGAGGAGACAUGCCCUUCCGUAUUGUCUGACUUAUUAGCAACUGUGGCAGUAUUGGACGAUGAUCCUGCAUCAGUUAACCGAAAAAGGGGAGCUUGUGGUAACGAAGAUGCGAUUCCAGUGGAAAGUGUCGAGGCUGGUGAAAGGCACACCCGGAGGAGGCUUUAGCUAGCUGGUUACAUGCAGGCUGUCAGCUAAUGUAGCUUGAUGCUGGAACUUUUUUUAAUAAUAUUAUUUUACUAAAAAAUUACAAAAAUAAUAGCUAAAUUAAAAAAUUAUAAGAA